ACACGCGCUUCAACUUCGGUUGGUGUGUGUCGAAGAAAACCUCGGAGAACAACGGAGAAGGUCCACCGAGCCUCGCGAAAGGUCCGCUGAGCGUUCUCCCAGCCGGAGUCUCUCCGGCUGCGGAGCACCCAGCGGAACCCUCUCGCCUGGCACAGGUGUGGGACCCUCUUCCUUCCUGUCCUCGCAGAGGAGUCUACGCGUGGUGAGUAUGCGAAACAAAAAGCUUUUGAAAACAAAGAGAAGGCGGGGUGGAAGAGGAGGCCAGGAUCCUGGCCUCCCCCCCCACAGGAGUGACACCACACCUGAAGCAACAUCUGGGAGAGCUCUUCCCACCCCCACAGUCAAUCUGGGGCCUGACUGCCCCCCCCCUCCUCCACCUCCUCCCCCCAACGACCCCAACAUCCCCUCUACUUCUGGAUGUUCAGGCAGUGCUCAGAGGGCCCAGGUCAACCCUAACGGAGAAAGAAGGAGAGACAAUCUCUCUGAAGAGAUCAACAACCUGAGAGAGAAAGUCAUGAGGCAGUCCGAGGAGAACAACAACCUGCAGAACCAGGUGCAGAAGCUCACAGAGGAGAACUCCAACCUUCGGGAGCAAGUUGAAGAAGAGGAAGAAGAGGUAGUAGAAGAGGGGCCACAGCAGCAGCAGCCCCAGCAGCAGCAGCCCCAGCAGCUGCCUCAGCCCCAACCAGAGCCACAGCCAGAGCCACAGCCACAGCCACAGCCACAGCCACAACCACAGCCACAGCCACAGCAGCCCACUAUCACUGAGGAAAAUGAAGAUGAGCUCUGUGGUGCAGCUGCUGCUGCUGUUCCAGCUACUCCCAUAGAAGAAGAGUGCUCAGAAGACCUCCCAGAGAAGUUUGAUGGCAACCCAGACAUGCUGGUUCCCUUCAUGGCCCAGUGCCAGCUCUUCAUGGAAAAGAGCACCAGAGAUUUCUCAGUCGAUCGCGUCCGAGUCUGCUUCGUGACCAGCAUGAUGACCGGCCGUGCUGCCCGCUGGGCCUCUGCAAAACUGGAGAGGUCCCACUACCUGAUGCACAACUAUCCAGCCUUCAUGACCGAAAUGAAGCAUGUCUUUGAAGACCCUCAGAGGCGCGAGGCUGCCAAGCGCAAGAUCAGACGUCUGCGCCAAGGUAUGGGAUCAGUUGUCGAUUAUUCCAAUGCUUUCCAGAUGAUUGCCCAGGAUCUGGAUUGGAACGAGCCUGCGCUGAUUGACCAGUACCACGAGGGCCUGAGCGACCACAUUCAGGCAGAGCUGUCACGCCUGGAAGCUGCCAAAUCCCUGUCAGCACUGAUCAGCCAGUGCAUCCACAUUGAGAGAAGGCUGGCCCGGGCCGCUGCAGCUCGCAAACCACGCUCCCCUCCCCGAGCGCUGGUGUUGCCUCACAUUGCGAACCACCACCACCAGGCUGACCCAACCGAGCCCGUGGGAGGUGCCCGCAUGCGCCUGACCCAGGAAGAAAAAGAAAGACGCAGAAAAUUGAACCUUUGCCUCUACUGUGGGAAUGGAGGUCACUACGCCGACAACUGUCCUGCCAAGGCCUCAAAGGCCUCACCGGCGGGAAACUCCUCGGCCCCGCUGUAGAGGGACCUUCAGCGACCGGGCCAGAAAUAAUAAGGUCCCUUCCCACCGACGACGCUUCAACUCCUCACCUGCAAGUAAUGAUCCAGAUUCAUCUGCCGGGAAGACACACCUUGUUUGUCCGAGCCAUGAUAGAUUCUGGUGCUUCAGGUAACUUCAUUGACCACGAAUAUGUCGCCCAAAAUGGCAUCCCACUGAGAAUCAAGGACUGGCCAAUACUUGUAGAAGCAAUUGAUGGACGUCCCAUAGCAUCAGGCCCAGUAGUCCAUGAAACACACAACAUGAUUGUUGACCUGGGUGACCACCGUGAGGUGAUGUCAUUUGAUGUGACUCAGUCUCCGUUCUUCCCUGUUGUCCUGGGGGUGCGUUGGCUGAGCACACAUGAUCCCAACAUUACAUGGAGCACCAGAUCAAUUGUCUUCGAUUCUGAAUACUGCCGAUACCACUGCCGAAUUUAUUCGCCAAUACCACCACCACUCCCACCACCAACACAGCCGACAUUUUAUUACCCAGUAGAAGGUUACAGAGUUUACCAUCCAGUGAGGUACUACUAUGUCCACAAUGUGUACACUCCAGUAGACGAGCACGUCUACCCAGAUCACCGGCUGGUUGAUCCCCACAUUGAAAUGAUACCUGGAGCACACAGUAUUCCCAGCGGGCACGUGUACUCCCUGUCUGAACCUGAGAUGGCUGCUCUGCGAGAUUUUGUGGCCAGAAAUGUCAAAGAUGGACUGAUUACUCCUACAAUUGCACCUAAUGGAGCCCAGGUUCUCCAGGUGAAGAGGGGGUGGAAACUGCAGGUUUCCUAUGAUUGCCGUGCUCCCAACAGUGUCACCAUUCAGAAUCAGUACCCACGUCUCUCUAUCCCAAAUUUGGAUGACCAAGCUCACCUGGCAACGUAUGCUGAAUACGUACCUCAGCUACCUGUAUACCAUGCCUACCACUACCCAGCAUAUGCCGCAUACCCGACUUAUCCAGUAGGAUUCGCCUGGUACCCAGUGGGAAGAGAUGGACAUGGACGAUCGCUCUAUGUCCCCGUGAUGAUCACUUGGAAUCCACAUUGGUACCGCCAGCCUCCAGUACCCCAAUAUCCACCACCGCAGCCGCCGCCACCUCCUCCACCACCGCCACCACCUCCGUCUUACAGCACCAUGUAAAAAAUUUUCAUGUCCUUCAAGAUCUCUGCCCUCAAAUGUAUUCCUGUUCAGCUUCUCAAUCAGUGACUGUGUGCUAAAGUUAGGGCUUCUGCAUCUUCAGGCUAACCUAGGUACAUCCUUUCUGAAAUGGCACCAGAAGGUCAGGGCCAUCCUGGACUGGCACACACCCUAAAGUACCAAAAGACCUUUAAUAUUUAACAACCAAUUAUCUCUCAGUUUUCCAACUUGACUGCCAAUCAAAUUAAAAUUCAUAAGUUUACUUUCUUGGAAGUCUAGGUUAACUUGCUGAAACCUCUGUCACCAACUGAAUUAUCAGCUGCCAGAUUUCCUCGAUUAACAUUUAUAGAGAAGCUGAUGUAAACACAGGAAAUGCUGUUUUCUUUAAGGAGGGGGAGACAAGAAGGAAGAGGAGGACAUGCCCUUUGCAGUCUCGGUACUCUCUUUACAUCACUAGAGGACUGACGCCUUAUUAAGGAAGCCAAACUUAAUUGGUGCAGUGUAAAUGGCUUCCGUGAUCUUUUUGCUGCACCUUUAGAAACUUCACCAUCUUCAAACUCCACUUGCAUGGUUCCGUUAACUCUCAAGGAGCAGCAACUUGACCAGUUCUCCCAGGAGCAGGCAGGAGGCCUGCAAUGGAAACAACUCAGGCCUGAGAAUGAAGUACCCUCUCAAAUGGAACUCUGCAUGUUAAGUGUGUGCCUUCACAUCCUGGUGCAAAUCACGUGUGCCCAAGGACUCUGGCUUUAUCACAACACCUUACCAUCAUCAUGCCAGCAAUGGCUUUCACAAAACGUAAACCUGGUAACCAGAGACUAUUGGUGGUUCCAGACAUUUUUGAUAUUUGUGAAAUGUGACCACCUCUUAAUCAUGCAUGAGGGCUAAUGAGUACUGAAGUAAAAGGACUCCAAAAUCCCAUGCCCAAGUCUUAAUAGACUCUGAAUUAAUGUUACCAUCAUGUCCUGGUACUUCUGAAAGGAUUAUCAUGAAUGUUGUUAAUUGGCUGAAAGAUCAUCACCUGAAGUCUUGGGACUAUCUAUCCAUUUUCUCUGCCUCCAUAUGCAUCUGGGUAUUUCAUCAUCAGUCCUCUCACUAAACUGUAGCAUUAAGAUCCUGAGAGGGGGAAAAUGAUGUUUUGAAGAGGAGAAAUUGGGGCACUGGACAUGUAAUUACUUUAAAAGGAUCAGAGUCCGCAUUCUGGGGAAAAAAAUCCCCUCCAGGGGGUGGAGUCAACAACAAGCUGACAAUGAAAGAGAGGCCUAGAAAGCAACUGAGAUGACUUAAAGCAACUGACAACACGCAUGUUGUCUUCAAUCCAGUUACAUCGGCUGAUGUCUCCUGGAGGCUUUGUGCUAACCUGGGACUGCCUGACUUCUUUUUUCCUGGUCCCUUGCUACUACCUUGAACACUCUGUCUAACCUCUCUCUUUCUGUUUAGCUCUUUACUACUGCCAUUAACCCUGCUGCAGGAUUUGAGUCAUCCUUCCUGACUGAUUGCUGAGACUCCAUUUUGCUGCCACACAUGGAGAAGAAAGAAGCAG